AACUAAGGUCUAAACUUGUGACAGGACUCGGUUUGCUUCCUGGACCCCGUGCGGAAGGCGGGAGCUUGUGCUCAUCUCUCCCCAGGAGAGAGUCUCCUCUUCGGCUCACUGGCUUCAGGUUAGCCACCAUGGACCAUACAGAUGUAGAACAGGUGACUCUGGCUCUGCUAGAUGCAGCCAACGAUAAGGACUCUGAGGUCCAGGAUCAGGUCAGAAAGUCCAUGUUGACUUUGGGGAAACAGCAGCCAGACAGAGUGUUAGCCAUGUGCCAGGACUACCUGCUGAAACACCCCAAGCUGGUGGUAAGUCACAGAGUUGUGGUUCUUCAGACCAUUGAGCUGGUUGUUGGCUGCAGGAUAGAGGAGAUCAGUGCUCCUAGAAUAAAGAGCAUUAUCUCCCUUGCUUCAGAUGAAAUGACCAGAUCCAAGGAGGUCAUUCCUGACUGGCAGCAGGCAGCCAGUAACAUUUUGGUCGCUGUGGGAAACAAACACAUCAAUGACAUCAUGGAGGAGAUACUAAGCAAGUUCCAGCCAGGGGUUCUACCUCACUUCUUCGUGGUCCAAACAUUGGCCAACCUAUCUGACUCAAACGUUUAUGGGAUGGUACCGUUCCUUAAUGCUAUCCUGGGAACCAUGUUGCCAAUGCUGAGCAUGGCCAAGCAGGACAACAUGAAGUGGGUCUUUUCAUCUGCGCUGUGUCAUUUCAGUGAAAGUAUCCUGGAGUAUUUGGCCAACCUCGACAAAGCGCCAGAUCCUACAGUGAGAAAAGAUGCGUUCUCCAGUGAAAUUUAUGCAGCUUUUGACAUUCUCUUCAAUAACUGGUUACAAAGCCGAGAGCCUAAGUUGAGGCUGACAGUGGGUGAGGCAGUGGGCUCUAUGUGUCAUCUGAUGGCCAAUGAUAAACUGGAGGAACAGAUCCCCCGAAUCAUCCCUGCCAUCAUGUCCCUGUACAAGAAAAACACUGAGCACUAUGUCAUCAGUAAGAGCUUGUGCCAAGUCCUCGAAGCCUCGGUCAACAUGGGGAGCAGAGUGCUGGAAACACAGCUGGAUGGUCUUCUCUUAGCGCUGCAUCAGCAGGUUUCAGCUCCUGUCGAUUACAGCGACCCUCCUACUGUGAAGAACCACAAUGAAGCGUUGCGUUGCUUUAGCUUGCUGGCCAACUCUUUUCCAGACCGACUGGUUAUGUAUGUUCUGCAGAAGUUGGAGAACAGCAAUGAACGAAGCAGGAUGGGCUCCUUAGCUGUCCUUCGUCACCUCAUAAACUCUUCCUCUUCUAUAAUGGAGAGCAAAAAGCUUCUCAUUCUGGCCAGUAUUAGACAGCCAAUGGCAGACCACAGCAACAAGGUGAAGAAGCGUGUUGUCCAGGUAAUCAGCGCAAUGGCUCAUCAUGGUUACCUGGAACUGGAGGGAGGGGAAUUACUGGUCCGGUUCAUCGUUCAAAACUGCGCUUUACACGACACAUACCAGUCCCACCAAAGGCCCAAUGCGGACCCAGAGGAUGUGACUAACGAGGCUCUGAGGGCGAUGUGUGACAGCACCCUCCAUCUCCUUACCACCACUGUUGGCCGACUAGCUGAUGUGCUCUGGCCCAAGUUGCUUUACUAUCUCACACCUUCCCAGUACAGUAUUGCCACUACUCCUCUUUGUAAAAGUCUCAUAGUUUUGGGGAACAAGAAGAAAAGCAACCAGGAGCCCAGCUUCAAGAUAGACUUCACUCAGGAGGUAAAUCUCCCAUCUCCUCACACUCUGAUGAUCAGACUGCUGGAAAAUAAUUGCAAUGUGGUGGAAGAGGCGGAGGAGGAGCAGACUGUGAUCAAAUGCAAAUUUGUCUCACUGACUGAUAUUUACAUCAACAUUCAUCCCAAUACAGAGACGGUCUGGGAGAAGGAAAUACCUCCUCUUCUUUCACUACUAGAUGAGUCAACAGCAGAGAGUCUGGAUAAGAAGCAGUGGGAUGACAAACUGCUGAAGCUUUUAUCUAAGACCUUGACGUCAAUUGAUGAUGAUAAGUGGGUUUGCCAGUUUGCUGCUGAAGCAACCAGAUAUCUUUCUACAUACAACAACGCCCUGGAGGAGAAGAGCUUCCUGUAUCGAUGUAUCGGAGUGACUCUCCAGCAGUGUUUAAAUAAGGAGGUUGUAAAAAAGCAACUACAGGAAGUUCUCCUCGCGGCGCGACACCAUGAUGCUAUUGAAAGAGAGGGAGUUGCCACUGGUGUUGGUCUGUGUGCCAACAGCCACCUGGAGGGAACCUUAGCCAAGCUGGAUGAGUUUGGCAAAUCGGAUGCCUUUAAAAAGUCACCCAGUAUCUUCAACCUGCUCAAAGAGCGUAAUGAGGUGGAAGUGGAGAAGGUGAAGAGCACAUUGAUCCUGUGCUACGGCCACGUGGCUCUGAACGCACCGUCAGAGAAGAUUCUUAACCGCGUCGAUCAGGACAUCCUACGCUGCAUCAGUAAACACUUCAAUACUAAGGUUCUUGGGAUUAAAGUAGAGACGAAGGACCUGACUAUGAAGCUUAGUUUGAUCCAGAGUAUUGGGCUCAUAGCCAAAGCUAUCAGUAGGUGUGUGAAGAAACAAGGCUACAUCUUCUCUCGCAAGCAGGAGCUCAUCUCCAUAAUGCUGGAUUUCAUGAAGUCUGAGCCAUCUGAUUCAUUAAGGACUCCUGUACGCCCCCUGGUGAUGACCACCUGUGCCAACCUGAUACCCCUGGACCCUCCGUUAGGUGAGAGUGAGAGCUUUGAUUUAUUGAAGGUCUGCGUGAACAGUGUGUUUUCCCUGCCACCUGACACGCACACUCCAGAAAAAACUAAAGAUGAGGAGAACCUCGACCCCAAGCAGAGAAAGGCUUUGUACAAAGACACGUUGGCUGCUCUGCAGGAGCUUCUGAGGAGCGUUCUGGCCAGGGACCCCAGUCCUGAUGGCUUGCAGAGUAUCUUUAAGCACAUCGAAUCGUGGCUGAGCUCUGUUCACGAUCAUGAGAGGGAGAGGGCCAUUACUGCCACCUCUAAUCUUCUGGCUUACUAUCUGCAAAACCUAAAUGUUAAGAGUAUGGUCUCUUUCCACAACCUUGGAGCUCUGCUGGGUCGUCUGUCUCCCCGCUGCUCUGACCCUCAGCCGGCUGUACGUGCUGCAGCAGUUGACAGCAUAUAUGCCCUACUUAGUAUACAGCUACGAUACGAAGGGUUCUCCUUGGAUUAUAAAGAUGAAGCUGUUGAAGGUUUACCGUCUUUGAAAGAAGCGCUAGAAAAUCCCGACCAUUCUGUUCUUUACAAGACCUGUUCAGAUCUCACAAAGGUGAUGACUAAACGCCUGCCUCAGCAGCAGCUGACGACCAUGGUCUUCAUGUUGUUUGAAGGGCUGGUGGACAGUCAAACAAACUGCUGCAGAGCUUCGUCCGUCAUCCUGAACACCCUGCUAAAUAACAGGGGAGGCGGACUGCAAGAUCUGGUCCCAGAAAUGUUGGAGGUUCUGCAUGUGCGUCUGCAGAGUAUUACAGAGGAACAGGUGAGGGUAGCAGUGGGGCAGACAGUAUUAAUCUUGGCUUCUCAGCAUCUGCAGACGGUCAUUAAUACUCUAGUUAACCAACCUCUUCCCUAUGACAGCUGGACCAGUGAGAUGUGGAUGGCUUUGGGAGCAGAUCCCAUUGUAGCCAAUCAGAUCAUAGAGAUGGUGAUGGAGAAACUUUCCAUCACGGCGCCCUACGUUGACAAGAAGGAGUCAAUGAUGAGGGGAGGCAUGACGAAAGUGGCGACCAAUCAGCCACUGGCUAUGACAUGUGGUCUGAAGGAGCUGUUAUUAAACGGACAUACGCAGGAGCCAGCAGUGGGCCUGUUUCCUCAGCUCUUCUCCUGUCUGACCGUCAGACUGGGAGCGAGCGUUGGAGUCAUGGCCCCGAAGGACAACGCUCAUAAACACUCAGGCUCCCUGCAUGUAGCCGGGGUUGCAGCUGACGCUCUGAGGAUCCUGUUGGCCCGCGCUCAGUUAGAUGAGGUGAUGAAACGACUGGAUGAAGAUAAUGCCUGGGAUGCAAUGAAGGAGCAAAACACACACGUUACAGGGAUAACGCUGUUGGCAAGGGCGUUGGCAAAGCAUGCUGGUCCCAGGUUGCCUGCGAUUGUAGAGAGUCUCUGCCCGUCGCUGAACAACAUCUAUGAAAGUCAAAGAAUUACUGUCACCGCUUUCUUUUCCGAGCUGCUGAACCAUCAUGUUGUGACUGAGCUGAUGUUGAUAGACGUGUUGAUGAACAACAUGAUGGAGAGGAUAUCAGAUCCCUGCUGCACUGUCCGCAUGCUGGCUGUGCGAGGACUGGGCAACAUAGCAGUGGGAUCCCCUGAAAAGGUGAAUAAAUACGCCAAGGAGCUGCUCGCAGCUAUGAGCUCAGGAAUGGAGGAGAAAGAUGAUCCGGGUAAACUGAUUACCCUGGAGGCCAUGUCUGGUCUGUCUAAAGUUCUUCUUCACCUGGACAAGAAGAACGUCCACUUACUGGUGGUCUACAUCUUCAUGAAAAUCAAACCUUUCUUAGAAAGUGAAAAUGACGAUAUCCGCUGUGCUUCCAUCCUCCUGAUGGGCAAUCUGUCCAAAUUUGGCUCAGGGGAGCAGAUAUUCAAAGACCAGAUCCAUAAUGUUCUGGUCAGCUUACUGUUGCACCUGGUCGACCCAAACACACAAGUGGUCAAGGCCUGUAAAUAUGCGAUGCGAGUGUGCGCUCCUGUAGUUGGAUCAGAGCAGAUCACAACCAUGUUUCAGAAUCACCUUCAUGAGGACAAGAGCCUGCACUAUGGAGAGUUCAUCAAUGAUCUCACCAAGUACCUGAUUCAAGACUUUCCCGGCAUGUUGAACUUCUACCACAUCUCAGUCAUCCAGUUCUUUAAGAGCAGCUGGUCUGAAGUCAGAGCUGCAGCAGCCAUGUUUAUAGGGUUCCUCCUGGGAAACAUUCAGCAGGAGCAGCUCUCCCACCUCAACAUGAGCACCAUUUCCAAAGGUUUAGUGAUGCUGCUCCAGGAUCCAGAUCCUGUGGUUAGAGUAAAAGCAGCUGAAGCUAUGGGACACUUCCACUGACACGCCGACAAUCAGCUGGAAGACUAUAAGAAUUAGUGGGUUUGUCUUUAAUCUAUGGUGGCCAGUUGCCACUAAAUAACCCAGUUUAGUAGAAGAAUCAGGAAUAAGUACUUUUUAGUUUACAAAUGGACCAUUGUACCAUUAUAUAAAGCUACCCUAAUAACUUGAUAUAAUCUAUGAAAACCAAACUGGACCAAGGUGGAAAAAAAACUUUAGCAGAAGGAUAGAUAACGAAUAUUAUUUAUAUUAUCAUAUCGAUCAGUGAACAGAAGGAAAAUCACCAUCAUAAAAAACAAAAUGUACAUUAAGUUAAUAGUUUGUAGCUUUUUUUUUUUUACAUUUCACAGAUACUUGAAAGAGACGAUGUUUGAAUUUUAUUUUAACGACCAACAGCUGUGUCUUUAUUGUUUACUGUCCAUUGUUGUAAAAUCAGAGAUGUAUAAUAUUCCUAACAGUAGAACAUAUGAUGUAAGGGUAGCAAGUUCACAAAUUAGUAUUUUAUAUACAGUAUGGUCUUUAAAAAUGAUAUGCACACUGUAUGCUAGUAAUAAUAAUAUCAGUUUGCUUGUAUCUUAUUGUUGUAUCCUAUUAUUGUUCUCAUAGCAUUUAUUUUAUGAUAAAAAUGCAUGUUAGGAUAAGUUUCACACAAUCAAUGAUGGAUUUAACAGUUUUAUAUGUUUAAAUAAUUGUUCCCAAGUGGAAUAUAGUUGAACUGAAGUUUGCAGAGAUCCAAAGUAUUAAAGAUAAACGGUUCUUGGUUGUUGUUUUUUUUGUUAUAGUUGUACUCAGUGGUCCAUUUCCUGUCAGCAAUAACUACACCAACUCUUUAAUGACGACUCUUUUGAUUAAUUGCAUGGUUUAUGUUUGCAAAUGGUUGUACAUUCAAAAUGAAUUAGUUCGUUUCAGCAACGUAACAAGCUCUUUUAACAAAUCAGGUUGGUAGCCGCACUCCACAGCAUGAUUAAACCAACCGUUUAUGAACCGCUGAAGCUACUACAUAUGAAGCGCUAAACUUCUUCGUAUUUAGUUUGUUUUUCUUAAUGAGCCUCAUAAGAUAGGACGCGUUCCUUUUAUUCCAUUCACACUGCCACUUUCUGUGUACAUAUCUUACAAUCGACCUAAUUUCCAACAGUCUGCUUAACUCAUAAGGCCACUUAUUAGACAGUUAGUCAUUGUGUUGUGAUAAUAAACCAAGUUGUAUUAAUAACAACUCUUAGCUGCCUACUUUGUGAAAGAACAUCCGAGGCAUAACCAUAGUCUCAGUAGUGCCAAAUAUCCGUUAUGAGUUAUUAUAAUAAUACUCUAGAGAUGCUUUAAUAAGUUUGAAUGUCCCUUCUGAUUCUCGUUAACUCUGACCGUGGUUAUAGAGGACACAUUUACCUUCGCGGUAGUAAAUGAAUGUAUUAGAAUGAAGAAUGGGACUUGUGUAUAGUCCAAUAAGCAGGUGGCGGCUGAGUGUUAUUUCUCAUAAGUUUACCUCAGAGUUCUUUGUUACACUUUAAACGCCGACAUGUGGUCCCUGAUCUGAGAUUCUUCCAGGCAAGCUGCCAUUAAGUCCCAUCAGUAUCCAGGUGGAGGCGCUGAUAUAAACAUGUCUUAUCCAUCAUAUCGUCUUCUAAAAUAAAUGAUCCAUCUGAUGAAACUCCUGCGGUUGGGUCACUAAAUAUGACUGCAGGAUGCUUUUCUCAUGGCUCCUUGUCAUAAAUAAUCUUCAAACAGAGACUUGGUGUCUUAGUACUUUUAACACUAGAGUUUAAGAUAUAAUCUAUUUUUCUUUUUUUCAUUAAAGCCUGGUAUUAUGAUUUGUUUUUUUGUUUUUUUUAACAUGUUGAAUGGAUGUUAGUGUGUAUCUCUAAUGAUUGUUCUGUUUGAAUAAAUAAAUGUGUUGAUGUGUGGAAGUCUGUUUUCAUGUACAUCUACAGAGGAAUGUGUGGACAAAGCCUUCCAGUGUGUUCAAAAUAAAGGA